AGAAAGUAUGAUGAGAUAAAAUGUGAUAAUCCAGAGGAUAUAGGAGAACAGGAUUGCAGUUUGAAAUGGGAAACGGAAUUGAAGAAUCGGAAAAAACCAACAGUGGCUUAAUAUUUCUUUCUGCAGGAAUAUGCCUGUUUAUUGUGUGCACAUGCUUGUGGUGUUUACGAAGAUUUCUAGCGAAGAAGAGAGAAGAUGACAAUGUAAAACCAAAGAAGAAGAAGAAGACAAGGGCAGGGGGAGCAGGAGCAGGAGGAGGAGGAAAAGGGGGGAUAGAAUCAGGAGAAAAAGGAGGGAUUGAUCUCAAGACACUUCAAGGUCUAGGCUACCCAUUCAAAAAGAAGGUUGUCGAGGAGCAGGAUGGUUUAAGUUUACUUCAACAUGAACAGCUUCAGCAAGAGAAAGAGAAAGAGAAGAAAAAGAAACAUUUGGGAACCAUUAAAUACAAGGUUGAAUAUGAUUUCGUCACAAGUACUCUGAUCGUCACUAUCAUCGAAUGCAAGGAUCUACCUGCGAUGGAUUUGAACGGAAGUAGUGACCCCUACGUCAAAAUAUAUUUACUUCCGGAAAAGAAAAGAAAACAGGAAACAAAGAUUCAUAGGAAAAAUCUGAAUCCAGUGUUUAAUGAAACAUUUAAAUUUGUGGUACGUCUACCCAUCUGCAAUAUAGAUCUGGCCCAAGUGGAAGAAGCCACUAAAGAACUACAGUGUAUAACUGGGGAUGGUCAUUAUUUGGGAGAUAUUUGCUUUUCUCUUCGCUAUAUUCCAAAUACAGGAAAACUAAAUAUCAUAGUGAUGGAAGCCAAGAAUCUAAAGAAAAUGGACGUCGGCGGUCUUUCAGAUCCGUACGUGAAGUUGUCUCUAAUGCAGAACGGCAAACGAAUCCGCAAGAAGAAGACGACAAUUAAAAAGUGUACACUUAAUCCUUACUACAACGAAUCCUUCACAUUUGAGCUUCCUUUUGAAUAUGUUCAGAGUGUCAGUUUGCUGGUGACAGUUAUAGAUUACGACAGAGUCGGGGGGAAUGAUCCAAUAGGUGAGAUAGAGUUAGGGUGUCAGGCAAAGGGAGCUGAACUACGUCACUGGACAGAAAUGCUGGCUACUCCACGACGACCAAUCGCAAAAUGGCAUACACUCAAGGAGAUAAAACAUGGUAGAAGUGGAUUAGACCUGUUCAGAAAACGCGCUGCUUUUACCAAAGCAUUGUCUAUGGAAGCGAGUGAUGCAACCAAAUCUGCUCUGUUCUCAUUGAAGAAAACCAAGGAACACAAAAUUACUAGAUUUUACUUUAUUAAUUUUUUAAACAACAUCUUGAAAAUUUUUCUACAAAUAGCGUACUGCAGUUUUAUUGGGAGGAAGGUAAAAACAGGAAUUUCAGUACACAAAAAAAAGAUUGGAGAUUUCUUAUUCUAA